AUGCCAGAAGUCGAUCUAUAUGAGGAGAUGGAGAGAAAGGCCAAAUCAAAAAUAGAUGAAAGUUUAGCUAGAGAGAUUCGUAAUUUGAAGAAAUCAUUCAAAAGUAUCCAAGUUCACAAGGAGUGUGAAGGGCUUGAGUAUGAUAAUUUAUGUGUUCAUCUUGAUGUCAAAUUGCUGCGGGAUAUAAGGUUGGAGCAUCACAAAGCAUUGAACAUUACUGUCAGGUGUAGGGACAAGUUUAUUUCUAGAGUUCUAAUUGAUAAUGGCUCAGCCGUUAACAUAUGUCCUUUCAUUAUCCUUCGAGCUUUGGAAAUUGAUAUUGGGAAAAUUCGUGAAAGUCAUGUAAGGGUUAGAGGUUUUGAUGGGACACAAAGGAGAGUUAUUUGCGAAAUUGAUUUGCCAUUGCAAAUUGGAUCUAAGGAGUUUGUAGUAGAAUUUCAAGUACUGGACACAUCUGCUAGUUACAAUUUAUUUCUUGGGAGGCCAUGGAUCCAUAUGGAUGGUGCGGUCCCUUCUACUCUGCACCCAAAUUUGAAAUUUGUUUGGAAUCAUUAUGAAAUUGUUGUUCAUGGACAAGGUAGUAAUACGAUGUAUCUUGAUAAUUCAAUCCCUGUUGUUGAAAGCUACCAUCAGAUUCUAAUGGAUGAAGAAAACACUGAGAAAUUUCGGCAUUCAUCAAACCUUAGGGAGUAUAUUGUUAUCGGGUUAAGGCUAUAUAAUUUGAAAUUAAAUCCAGCAAAGUGUGCAUUUGGUGUCAUUGCUGGAAAAUUAUUGCAUUCCAUUGUGAAUAAGAAGGGAAUAAAAUUGGAUCCUUCAAAGAUAAGGUCUAUUCAAGACUUGCCUCCUCCAAAAAGUCGAAAGGAUGUAAUGAUUUUUCUUGGUCGACUAAAAUACAUUAGUCGAUUCAUUGCACAGUCGACGAUAAUUUGUGAACCAAUCUUUAAGUUGUUGAAAAAAGAUGUUGCUAUCAAAUUGACUGAAGAUUGUCAGCAAACUUUUGACAAAAUCAAGGAGUACUUGUCUAGUCUUCCUGUCUUGGCCAUCAAAGGACAAGCGCUUACUGAUCAUCUUGCUGAAAACCCUGUGGAUAAAGAGUACAAACCUCUUAAAACUUACUUCCCUGAUGAAGUGGUAUUAUUUAUUGGGGAGGAUAUUUUAGAAGAAUAUCUUGGGUGGAGGAUGUUGUUUGAUAGUGUUUCAAAUUCUAAAGGAGUCGGUGUUGGGGCAGUGCUAGUCUUAGAAUUAUGUCAACAUUAUCCAAUCUCAGCAAAAUUCAAGUUUUUAUGUACUAACAAUAUGGCGGAAUAUGAGGAUUGCAUUCUUGGACUCAGAAUGGCUGUUGAUAUGAAUAUACAAGAAUAA